AUGACUUCCGAUACAAGCGAUGCCAUCCCAAAAUUCACCCAAUGCGAGCCAACAACAGAGGUGCUUGACUACGUCGACCUCGUGAACCUCGACCUGUCGAAAUACGACGAUUCCUCAAGUCGCGCACAGCUAGCCAAGGAUCUUCUCAAAGGCGUCGUUACCCACGGCAUCUUGACUGUCACCAAUCAUGGCAUCACCGAAGAACGCUAUAACACCCACGUUGACCUCGCCAAUGCCUUACUGACUCUUCCUCCUCCGGAAAAGAGGCCAUACGAGAACUCGCCGCAAGAGGAAGCCCAGGGUCGGUAUGCAGGGUUCAAACCUUCAUGCGGUCUAAGCACCAAGGAAGGUUUCCACAAGACAGUUGACCACUACAACAUAUCAGCCUGGGAUCCGACAAGCCGGUCACACCCACCAUUGCUACAGUCCCGCCUGUUUCAAGUCUCCGAAUUAGUCGAUCUCGUUCGCCGUUCAGUAUUGGAAAAGCUUCUUCUCCUCGUAGCUUUGAUCUUGGAGGUACCCGAAGAGAGCAUCCUGUCAACACACACGUUGUCAAACGAAACGACCGACUAUCUCCGAUACAUAGUGUACAACCCCCGCCCAGCCACCGAUGGGAAAUACCGAGACUUAUACUUGGCUGGGCACACUGAUCUCGGUUCUUUCACGUUUACGUUCGCCCAGCCUGUCUCCUCACUCCAGGUUCGGGUAUCUCCAGGGGAAUGGAAAUGGGUACGCUACGUUCCGGGGACGCUAGUCGUCAAUGUCGGUGAAGCAUUCGAAUUGAUGACAGGCGGUCUUUUCAAGGCACCGGUUCACAGGAUGGUCAAGCCGCCGGAAGAUCAAGAAAGAGCCAAGCGACUUGGCCUGAUAUACUUUGCCCGGCCUGCAGGCACGCAGAGGCUCGAGCCGAUUGACAGCCCAGUUCUCCGGAGAAUUGGAGCGGACAAGCCAUUGGACGAAAAGAUUUACACCAUGAAAGAGUAUCUCUAUGCGAGAAGGCAUGGGUAUAAGAGGCUUGAGUUCGACCGAGAUCGGCCGCGACAGGAAGGCUAUCACAUAGGCCCAUGCAUGAAAGAUGCCCAAGGGCUGGAAACUACUAGCAUCGCAACUUGA